UCCGCCCCUGGGGAUGGGCGGAGGCUCCGAGCUCCGAGGCGGGGCGGCCAGCCGGAGGGAGUGCUCUUUCAGCCGUGGCUUCACAGCAAUCUCGGCCACGUUUGGGUCCACGAAAGCCCCGAAGAACCUCCUGGCAAUUUCUGGAAGGUUGCAGUCCCGUUGCUGCUCGGGACAAACCCCCCGCCCCCCCCGUCAUCCCAAAGGCCUGGCCCUCCGCAGCAGCCCCAUGGCGAGAUCUCAGCUCCCGGUAACAACAGCGCCCCCUAAUGGGCAUGUCGACAUCCACACUGAAGAUGGAAUUAGCCCGCUGCCCAACGGCGUGCCGCGGGGCAUCCCGCCCACGGACGGGGCCGACGGGACCCCUGAGCGGGCCCCUCGGAUCUGCCUCUGCCACGGCCUUUGCCAGGGCCUCUGCCGGGCUAUCAGGAAGCACAGAGACUACGUCACCAUCUCGCUGUCGGACCCGCAGAGUGAGCAGCUGCCCUCGGAGUGGUGGAAGACCGCCGUGGCCUUCAUCUACGCCCUCUUCAACCUGCUUCUCACCACCGUCAUGAUCACCGUGGUUCAUGAGAGAGUUCCGGCCAAGGAGAUCUGCGCCCCUUUGCCCGAUAAAUUCUUUGAUUAUUUUGACCGUGUCAGUUGGGCCUUUUCUGUGACCGAGAUCAAUGGGAUGGUCCUGGUCAGCCUGUGGUUUGGGCAUUGGCUCCUCCUCAGAUACAAGGCCAUAGUGGGCAGACGGUUCUUCUUCCUGAUGGGGACCCUGUACUUGUACCGCUGUAUCACCAUGUACAUCACCACUCUGCCCGUGCCCGGCAUGUUCAUGAGCUGUGCGCCCAAGCUGUACAGCGACUCACAGGCUAAGGUGCAUCGCAUCCUGCAGCUGAUCUCGGGGGCGGGACUGUCUAUCACCGGCUCGCACAUGAUGUGCGGCGACUUCCUGUACAGCGGCCACACCGUCAUCCUGACCCUCACCUACCUGUUCAUCAAAGAGUACUCCCCGCGUUCUCUCUGCUGGGUGUGGUACCGGCGCCUCUGCCUGCUGCUGAGUGUCAGUGGUAUCCUUGGCAUCCUUCUGGGCCAUGAGCACUAUAGCGUGGAUGUGGUGGUGGCCUACUUCGUCACGUCGCGCCUCUUCUGGUGGUACCACGCCAUGGCCGAAGACCAGACCCAGAACCUGUCAAACCACUACCUCAGGAACAUCUGGUGGGACCCCGUUUUCAGCUUCCUGGAGAAGAACGUGGGGACCUCGGUGCCAUGCACCUUCUGCUGGCCCAUCAGCUGGCCGCCCUCCUGCCUGAAAAACUCCUGCAAAAGAUACUCCAUGGUACAGAGCGCACGCGACGAGUGACGGGCCUCAGUCUGGGACCACUGCUCUGGUGGCGCCCAGGGUCACGUGUGACUGAACGUUACAGUACAGGCCAGCAUGCUGUCACAAAGAAGAUGAUGGUGGGCAUGAGGUAUCCCAGCUGGUGCAGGAUUAAUGGGUAACUUGAAUCAACGUGCACCAACUCUGUAAGGUGGUGUAAUACACAGAAUAUCUGAAAGGGAAUCAGGUAGAGAUUGUUCCAGGUUAAAAAACGGUAUGUAUGUUGUUUUGAUAAGUCCUGCACACCAUUAAUAGAGUAUAUUUAUGAAUAAAAAUAAUUCAUGCAUUAUGAGAAAUGUAAGAUCAGGACUGAAGGGAUUAAGUUGGUUGCGUCCUUGUGUACUCCGGACCACCCAAAAGAUAAAGAUAUCAAACUGAAAGGCAAAGCAGCUUUAAGGCAUGUCUAUGAGACACUAUGGAGACCUAAAUGGCAUUAGAUACCCCGCACCUAGACAGGCAUCCAGCGGCAAGUGCGUACUGUGCUUAGCUGUGGUCCCAGUUCUGGCUUAUUGUUUACAUGAAUGCUGCCGCUAAGUGUGCCCAGAUCCGUCCAGAAAGCUCAGCCUCUGGCACAGACCAUACAGGCACAGACCAUACGGACACAGACCAUACCGGCACAGACCAUACAGGCACAGACCAUACGGGCACAGACCAUACCGGCACAGACCAUACGGGCACAGCCAGCUGCAGGUAACUCUGUGGUAUUGUUGUAUUUUUCUUCAGUCAAACAAGUCAGGUUCUCUGUUUGAUGUUUUUAACACAUAGAUAUGUCUAGCACAGUAUGUCUCAAUGUGACGUUUUACUGCAGUUCUUUCAUGUAUACAUUUUAUAUUUAAAGUUUAUUUUCCAGAGUGUGUAUUUUCUGCUUUAUAUAUUUUUAUGACUGUGCAAAUAAUAAUAAAAAAAAGGCAGUUA